AUGAAGCAGGAGAGCAUACUGUUAAGCGUGGCACAGGUCAAUCUGAUGAAUUCGGGAAAGCGUUGGAAAUUCUUCUGCGACCACUUGCUACGUAUGAAAAAUCCCUGGCAUAUCAUCGCAAUUCAAGACUUUGUGCCCGACAACAUCGUCUUCCCACGUAAGAAAGUGAGGGAGCAUUACAACAUCUAUUUCCAGCGAACCGGACCAGUACUUCGCGACCAUCACCGGAUGCACAGAGAUGCAGAGCCUUCGCAAAAACGUGCCUGGGGAGGAGCCAAGAAACCGGCUGAGCCAUCAGAGAACCCAGACGGAGAAAAAAAAGGCCUUAGUCCACCCCCUGUCAAUAACAAAGUUGCCUUCUUGGUCGCCAAACAUAUCCCCGAAGAAGAUUGGCGCGUGACAAUGCCGGACUGGGGGCAAGGCAUGGUGGCUUCGCUGAAUCUCGAAACGCCAGACGGACCCAUGAGGAUUCACAACGUGUACAAUAAGAAACAGGCCGGUACCACAGCCUUCUUUGAACAGCUGACCCUGCACUGCUGCGGCGAUAAUGACAUCCUGAUUGGAGACUUCAAUCUCCAUCACGAGCUGUGGUCGGGUCCUUCGAUUGAGCGAAAAAAGGUCAGUCUCGCUGCCAAGAUACUCGCCGGCAGAACCCAAGAGGCGGACAUGAUGAUGUGCGUCAAGCCUGGGGCCGCGACAUAUACCAAGUCCAAGAACAACUCGUACGAAUCAACGUUGGACCUCGUCUUUGUUGGCAAAGCAUGGUGUAGCCCAGAGCCAGUCUGGUCUGUUCUGAAAGUCACCGGCUUCGACGAAUGCGAUCAUCGCGUUUGUGAAACUUUGAUUAAUGCCACGCCGAGGGUCGACGUCAACAUCUUUAGGGUUUGGAACCAAACCGACGUGAAGGAGUACCGAGCUGGCGCCAAAAAAUUAACGGAACGGGUACGCCUCAUGCCGUUGCAAACACGAACCGAAAUCGACCGUUCACUCGCGGCAUUCGUCUCUGGCUUGGAGGACGUGAUCCAACAAUGCGUACCAAGUCGCGAUAGCUACCAGCAUGAACCCCCAAAACCAACGCCUCAUCCAAAUGCCACCGCAACACCCAGGCUGUGGGGGAUUUGGCAAACGGCGAGGUGGCCAAAAAACCGGUCCAAACCUGUCGUACAGUCUUUCACCCCGGACUUUGAGUGGGAGGGCGAGAAAGCGUCCACCGCCGAGAAAAAGGCCGACAUGUUUGGUGAAUCCAUCUACGGCCCAGGCAAGCUCAGCAGAUUGGAAGCAGUCGAUCCCCUUCCAGUGGAGACAUACGAAGCACCACAUACAUCACUUGACGAGACAGACUUCCACUUCUGCGAGGAAGGCGAGGUUGGGCGUCUCAUUAGCAGCCUGCCGAAACGCAAGUCCUCGGGAAGCGAUGGUAUCGCAAACGAAGCGCUGAAGAUGGCAAAAGACAUCAUCACUCCUUAUUUAGAAGCGUUUUUCAAAGCGUGCGGCCAGCUAGGAUACUUCCCAAAGUACCUUAAAAAGUCAAAGUCCAUCCUCUUUUUCAAGGAAGGGAAAGAGGCAAACGAUCCCAAGGCCUAUCGCCCCAUCUCGUUACUGUCAAGCAUUGGAAAGCUGUUUGAAAAGAUGAUUGCAGACAGAUUGAUCAAGAUACACAAAAGCUAUCGUUCCAAUGAUCCAAGAAAUCCACUGCCUUUGAUGCAAUUUGGCGGUCUACCUGGCAGGUCUACGACUUUGGCUUUGCAAGCCGUCACGUGUUUUGUUCAAAAUACAUGGAGACUCGAAAAAUUGAAUCGUAGACAAAAACGAUACCUUCGUCGCUUCGCCAGCAUUUUGGGACUUGAUAUCUCGGGUGCAUAUCCACGCGUGGACCGCGACGCACUCAUCAAAGCCCUGGUGUCCAAGGGUAUCCCCUUAUACAUCGUCAGAUGCAUUCAUUCUUUUCUGUGUGACCGCACCACCACUCUCCUCAUCCCCGGCCACGGGCCUCAAGAAUUCUUUGAGAAUGGGGGCCUUCCACAAGGAAGUUGCCUGUCGCCCAUUUUGUUCCUCAUCUUUGCCGCACCUCUCCUCGAACCCCUCGAGGGAUUCGACGAGUUUCAAGUCCAGUUUCUUGCUUUUGUGGAUGAUACCUACAUUCUGGUUGCUUCAAAAAGUCAUGAGGAAAACUGUAGAAUUCUGGAAGUCGCACAUCAGAGGCUUAUUGAUUGGGCUGAAGCGCACUCUGUCAAAUUCGGUCCCGAAAAAUACGGCCUUAUGCACUUUUUACGUCCCAAGGGGAGGAAUGCCAACCAGCCACAGGUGAAGAAAAGGCCGCGCAUCGAAGGUCUUCCCCCGAAUAAGAUUCUCUUCAAGGAGAACUGGCUCAAGAUCCUCGGCGUGAAGGUCGAUCACACGCUCUCAUGGAAGAAACAAGUGGAGAACAUCAAAGAGAAGGCCGAAAAGGCGAAGCAGCGUUUGCGAUGGACGUCUUCGUCGGUGCGGGGGCACAAUCUUGUUGGCAUGCGUCGGAUGUAUCUUGGCAUGGUGCAAAGCAUCCUCACCUAUGCCGCUCCGGUCUGGGGUUUCAGACCACGGGUUGAGAAGAGCUGUCCCCAAAUCAACGCGAACCUUCUCCAUGAACUGGAUAAGUGGCAGCAUCAGUGCCUCCUAUUCAUAGCGGGCGCCUUCAAAAGCACGCCUCGCAUGGUCAUAUACAAGGAGCUCUUUGUGCACAAGCUCUCGGACGUCCUUUACUACAAGGCCCUUGAGCAUUACGCACUAAAUGUCUCAUCGGUACACAUGAUGAUAUUCCACGGAGACCCGCAGGAUGGCGAGAAAGGGGCGCUUUACGCAGUUGCCGCGGAAGCCCAGAAGCUCUUGGACCCUGCUAGGAAGCGAUUUGAGAAAAGGCACGAUCCAAAAAAGAAACCCGGGGCGUGGGAAGACAGCAAAUACGCAGAAGAUCGCAAGCAGGCUAUUAAGAAGGAGGCUAAAAAACAGCUCAACGAUUGUUCUGCCGCCGCCUGGAAAACCUACCAAGCCGAAUUUAAAUCCGACUUUAAUCUGUACAACUUUGCUCUCAACGAAGACUGGGGCCCCAAGAACUUGGAACGCUAUAAAAAGCUAAAUCGCAAGCAGUGCACUAUCUUGCUCCAGUGCCGCACAGGCUUCAUCGGCCUUCAAAAGUAUCUCAGCAUGCGCAAGCUCGUGAGCCUGCCCAGAUGUCGCCGUGGUUGUAGCGCCGACGAGACCGUUAAACACUUGUUUGAACGUUGCAGAGAUCCGACGCUGGUCGAGGCCCGGAUCAAGCUACAGUCGGAGACUGGGGAGAGCGAUACGGGCCUACUGUUGGAAAACCAUCCUGUCCAGGCGGCCAAUUUUGCGAUCGAGUACUUUAACCUGGACCAGUUUUCGGGACAGAAACCGCCCCCUACCAGCCAACCCUCCCAACAGGGGGGUGAUGCCUCUCUGUAG